GCCGGCUUAUUAAUCUUGCAUAAGGAAUAUCACCAAAGAAAUCGCGCGUACGCUCGGAAAUGAAAAUGUACGCUUUGAAAGAGAAAUGACAGUGAACAGAGUGUUCACCCCUUGUAUAAGAGAAUAGGUUCUCAUGUGAUGCAAGCUUUUUUGAAUCUUGCAACCUGAAGAGUAGUAUUUUAUUCGACACGCACGACCUGAUUUUCAACAGAGACAUCGAGAACCAUGAGUUUGUAUCACGUGAUUUGCUGUUUGCUGCUUCAUUUCGUCUACUCCUCGGCAAAUGAUGAGACUAUUAACCCGCACACCGUGGACCUAUUGUCAGAAAAGCGCGUCUCCAUCUGCAGCCAACAGAGGAAAUCGCUGACCUGUGAAACCCCCGGCUCAUCUAUUGCAGUCACCGGGGUAUUCUGGGGUCGUCAAUCCGCGGACAUCUGUCCCUCCGAUGACGGCGACCCAGUCACAAACUGCGGCAGCGCGCCCGAGUCAGAAGGGAUAGUUAAGCGUCUAUGUGAGGGCAUGGGAAGCUGCUUGCUGGAAGGCAAAGCGAGCGUUCUACAGACCGAGAAGCAUUGCUAUGGCGUGCAUAAGUACCUACUGGUGAAUUACACAUGUGUGCCAUCUGUAAACAGGGUCGUCUUGUGUGAUUCAGAAAACACGGUACUGGGUUGUCCAUCCAACUGGCUUCUCAAAGUGAACUCCGCGUUUUGGGGUCGCGAGUCAAACGAUAUCUGUCCGUCUCAGCGUGGGAACAGAAUAUGUGCGGGUUCAUCCGAAACUGUGGCCAAACUCCGGACACUGUGUAACGAAAAUCCGAACUGUGCGAUAAAAGCCUAUUAUAAGAAUCUGGAGAAUGGAGGGGAAAACUGCCCACAUGUGGAUAAGUAUUUAGUGGUGGAUUACGCGUGUCGACCCGACUCUAAUGUCGCUAGGCGAGGAAUUCUCGGACGUAUUCCCUUAUCGUUAUACAGAAAACUCGGCUAUCGCUCUAAAAUACCACAUCCGGAGAAGAGGAAACCCGGUAAAUGAACAUAUAGAAGACCGGUAAAUGAACGAUUAGUAGUUUAUAAUUACAAGAAACGUAGAGCAGGAGAUUUAAGCGAAGUGUACUCCUGUGAAUAAAUGUGUACAUAAA